GAAGAGGAAGGGAUGAGAGAAGAGGAGGCACACCAGGAGGAGGUGGAGGAAGGGAUGAGAGAAGAGGAGGAGGCACUCCAGGAGCAGGAAGAGGAAGGGAUGAGAGAAGAGGAGGAGGUUUGUAAAGAAGAGUCCCUCCAGCAGGAGGAUGUGUGUGAGGAAGAGGAGGUGAUGGCGGUACAGGUGAUGGGAGGUGAGGAGGAGGAAGGAGUGGCAGAGAAGGAAACCUUUGUAACAGAGGAAGCUAUGGAAACAGAGGAUAAAGAACCGCAUGUGGACAAGGAGGACAUCCCGGUGGAGGGGUUGGAAACCGGACAGAAAGAAACAGAGGAAGACAAGAUGAAGGGUAAAUGAAGAAAAUACAUUCUCUGACAACAAAAAAUGGAAAUCCUAGGUGUCAAGUAGCAGGAGAGGAAAAUCUUGUGUUGUCGUCAAAAGAAAAAACAAAACAAAAGAUGCUGCCGUGUUGGUGCCGUGUGUCGGUCCUCUACUGUGUUGAAACCCAGGUGUGCCUGAGAUAGACUAAAAAGAAGGGACUUUUGCUCCUGAAAAUAAUAUCGGUGUUACCUUGUUUAUAGACGUAUUAUACAUUUUUGUAUAAAAGUUACAGCUGACCUUUCAAUUAUUUUGUUACUGAGAGUGAGACAUCUGAUCCCAGGUCAUUUAUGUUUGUCAGUGUUAUUUUUGACUAAUUUUGCCACUCUUGUUUUAACCUUUUAACCUGUACAGUUGAAGAAACAUUUCUAUACAUUUUUAUUGCCAAUGAUGAUGUUUGCUAAAAUCAGUAUUUUAUUGAGUUGAAAAACAAAAACAAAGAAAAAACUGCACUACAGUAAUCCUGGUUUACCUAUGGAUACGACAUGCCUGAUGUGUUGUCCACCCUUCAGUAUUAUUAUGUUCACACUAGCUGUACAUCCUCUUCAUGUUAGCUAACGUUAGCAUAGCAUUUUGUUUUCACUUGGUUUGUUAACAUUAAGAAGAAAAGAGGAUUC